AUGGCUGAUCACUUCGCGUUCACCACUAGCCAAGCCACUAGCUCUCUCAAGGAUACCAAGAAUGUCGCAGGCAAUCGCAAGGAGAUGGCGGCUCUCGAGGUUAGAGAAGAGUACACAAAGCCGUAUAGAAACUUUUCCCGAGACCACUUGAACGCGCCUCCGGGCUCGAAUUUUGAGAUACUCCUGGAAGCCGAUAAAACGCUAGUAGCCCUCACCGAAUCAUACGUUUCCGCUGUAGGAAAGCCCCAAUAUUCGGCACUUUGCAAAGUCCUGAAUCAUCUCAGCGAGAAAUUCUGUGGUAAAUCCUUUCCCCGACGUAUACAAACUCUCACUAACUAUUCACGUCCAAAACGCACAGGGGAUAACGAACCCAUCGUCUUCGUGGACCAUCACACAGCAUAUCUCAAACAUCAUCCCAACGGAUACUUUGACUGCUCUCCGGAUAUUCCUGCCAUGUUGAAGUCUAGAUUCUUGACCUACCCGUCCACUUCCCCUUGCAAAUGCGCCGAGUGGUCCGAUCUAGAGACCGUAGUCGAAGUCAAGAACGAGCACGAAUACUUGGAUGGCAUAACGCAACUGGCCGCGUACCUUGGACUAGCGAAUCAAGCUCGACCAGACAAAGUUGGGAUAUACGGCUUGAUCACAUCGCCACACGGAUAUCAGAUACAAUAUAGCGAUGCUGGCGGUCUGACUACAUCGCCGUUCUCCGAUUGGGAACACCUCGUUCCCUUGGCGUCCUAUGUGUAUACGCUCUAUUUUCCUCUUCCAGGACGCCCGCGCUGCGACCCGACCAUCACUCGCUCAUCCACUCGCAUAGAAGAUAAACCCUCCUGGGAUGUCACGUUCAAAGGCGAAACAUAUCCUGCGUGCCAAGUCAAAUUCGUCGGACAACCGUGGAAGCGCAUGGCGUGGGUCGCCCAAACAGCGGGUAAAUAUCCCACCGUCAUCAAGGAUUCCUACUGGGCGCAUGGCCGGACGUUCAAAGAAGGGGAAUUGUAUGAUGUUCUACAGGACGGCAAACCGGCUCCAGGCUUCGUGAGGGUGAUAACACACGGAGACGUCUUCUAUGAGGAGGGUCCUAUUACCUCUAUCAAUAUCGAACCCCAUGUAUAUCGAGUAAAGACCAGACUCGUCAUGGGCACCUCGGGUGACCCAUUAAUCGACAUCCCAAGCAUCAAGCAUUUUCUCAUGGCGAUGUACGAUGUUCUCGAAGCUCAUCGAUGGGCAGUCAAAGAGAGAAACAUUAUCCAUCGCGAUAUCAGUCAGGCUAAUAUCAUCAUCAACCCCAAGGACAGAUGUAAAAAGUACCUGAGAGAGCACACUCGGCCUAUCUUUAUCACAGAAAUCCUCUUCAAGAAGGAAUAUGCUCCGCCGGUGGCCCGCCUAUUUGAUUUCGACAACUCGGCUGAAAACGAUCGCUUGCGGGCGAAGACUCCCACCUUUAAGGAGUCUCUAGAACGAAGCCCUGAUCACGAACACCUUCGUCAUAGGACGGGCACGCCGCGGUUCAUGGCACGCGCGGUCGCCGCUGGUCAUACUCUUGGACGAACUUGGAAUGUGUUCGUGUCCAUGCCUUCAUUGCCGCCAAAUCUUCUUGCCCGGUACAAAAAGGUCCAUUCUGCGGGAGAGAACCAUCUACGACUUUUUGAGGAUCGCAAUGGCACAAUACACGGUGGUCGCGUCGGUAGAAGAGAAUCGGACAAUGAUCCUCUCGACGAACCAGGCUGCGAACCCAGCGAGGACGAAUCUAGCGAGGACGCACCUAGCAAAGACGAAUCUAACAGCGAGGACGAAUCUGACCCCGACGAAUCUGAGAACAGCGAAUCCGACAACGACGAAUCUGACCACGCCGAGUCCGACGAUGGCACAAUUGGUUCUCUCAAAUUUGAAUCUGACGACAAUAAACUUACUGAAGACAAAUCUGAGGGUCAAACUCAAAUAUUUCGGCAUCUCCCUCGACAUGACGCCGAGUCGGUGUUCUGGGUGAUCGUAGUAUUCCUCCUUCGUGCUCUACCCCUUGGCCACCGUCCCGCUGAUGACACGAACGUGGAGUUCCUGAGGUCAGCCUGGGGGUACAUUGCGGGUCACGAAAUCAAGUCCGCACCGGGACAGUCUCCUAUGGACUCCCGGGCGAGCCUUCUAUUUCACCCCGACGCCUGGGAGCAAAUUCUGCAUCAGAAAUUUGCUCGCCUGGCGCCCAUGAUGGAGGAGUUUAUUGCGCAGGUAACGCCUGAAUAUAGCCAUCUCACGGAACCACCUCCAGACGACUUCCAUCUCCAUGAGGCAAUGCAACGUAUUCUACUCAAAUACGCCGUAAAAUUUUUGGGGGACUCUGACAUCCUUCUGAAUACUAAAAAACGACGUGUGAUUCUCCAAGAGACGGACCCCCAGUGCACAGGGCUGUGGUCAUCUACUGAUAUUUCUCUGGACGGUCAGCACUUGCAGCAAGUUGGACAUAGCUCUCGCUUUUCGGUAUCCCGAGGUCCAGACGGUAUUGUCAAGGACAAAGUAGGUAAACUCUGA